UGGAACUUUAUUGGAAUUUACAGCGCUUUUAAAAAUCUCAAAAUGAAACGAGUGUGGAGGAAUGUAACUUUCAUAUUACUUGUGAUCAGCAUACUGAAGCUGAGUGUGGUACACUCCGACUUUAUUCUGGGACUUGAUUUGUCGAAGUAUGUGCACCACCAGUCGACAGAUCUCCACAAGUCCCAGUGUUCUGGCGGACACGGCAGGCAAUGUGUGGGCUUGUUGUUUCUGUGUGUAGAAGAAUAUACCGAGCAUAAUAUGGACCUGAGUGAACAGUUCUGUUCCCUUACUUCUGAUACCCUUACCUUCACAGGGGACGAGGAUUCCCUGACAGAUGUACAGGAUAAAGUUGCCAGCAGGGAAUACAACAUCAAGGGGCCGUUGAGGCCCAUGGAACUCAUACUGAGAUUAGAGUACAAGACCGGUACCGACCUUCCAUGGCCAGUGGCGCAACACAGUGUCGUCCUCCCUGGUCAAAGAGCAGCCUGGACCUCCUACCGACCACGGACAACGUGGGUGGAAAAAGGGAAGGUGAACGACGUUAACGAUGCCUUCGUGAAAGUCGAGGCAAAUGUAGAGAAAACACACGCAUGGUGUAUAGCAAGAACAGCCAUUGUGUUGGCCGCCCAGGAACAGUGUGGCACCUUUCCUGACUUGGAAGGAAACGGGUCAUUAGGAGUAGGUUUCCCCAACGACUGCCUGACACAAAGUAAAUAUCUCAAUGGCAAGAAAGUCCCAGGUCGUUGA